AUGCUGACUGUCGCGCAAACCAGCUUCCUGCCGUUCGACCAAUCAGUCAUUACCGAGUUGGGCUGUGGGAUUGAUACAACGACCGAAAGAUGCAUUGGACGAGAAGUUUGCAGAGUUGGCGACGACAUCAGGAUGCUAGCCUCAACAGGGAAGCACUUUGUGGGAUUUUGGGCUGCGGAUUAG